CGGCUCUUCAGCUCCCAGCGGCCCUCGCGGCUUCCGGUCGGCAGGAUGGUGGCGCGCAGGAAGAAGCGUGCGGCGCGGGGCUGUGAAGCGGGGUUUCCGAGCCCGCCCGGCUACUCAGCCAUUCCAAUCAAGUUCUCUGAAAAGCAGCACACUUGUCAUUACCUCUAUGUGAGAGAGCACAGAGUUCGAGAAGGCACCAAGUCUUCCUGGCCUCAGAGACGGACCCUUUUUAUCCUCAAUGUGCCUCCAUACUGCACAGAGGAGUGCCUGUCCCGCGUCCUCUCCCCCUGCGGCGCUGUCCAGGCUGUGGAGUUACAGGAGAAGCCGGACCUCGCUGAGAGCCCAAAGCAGCCAGAGUCAAAGUUUUUUCACCCUCAGCCCAUUCCGGGGUUCCAGGUAGCCUACGUGGUGUUCCAGAAACCAGGUGGGGUGGCAGCUGCCUUGGCCCUGAAACACCCUCUGCUAGUCUCAACAGCGAGUCACCCUGUGAAGACCGGCAUUCGCAGUCAGUACCGCGAAUGGAUCAGCAACUACACAGACGCAGUGCCGGACCCUGAGGCCCUGAGGGUGGAAGUAGACACAUUCAUGGAGGCCUACGACAAGAAGAUAGCUGAGGAGGAGGCCAAGGCCGAGGAGGAGGAAGGGGUCCCUGAUGAGGAGGGCUGGGUGAAGGUGACUCGCCGGGGCCGGCGGCCGGUGCUCCCUCGGACAGAGGCCGCCAGCCUGCGGGUGCUGGAGAGGGAGAGACGGAAGCGCGCCCGCAAGGAGCUGCUCAACUUCUACGCCUGGCAACACCGCGAGACCAAGAUGGAACACUUAGCACAGCUGCGUAAGAAGUUUGAGGAGGACAAGCAGAGGAUUGAACUGAUGCGGGCCCAACGCAAAUUCCGACCCUACUGAGCCAUGGUGGCCCAGGGCCCCCCGGAAGGGGCAGUGGCAGUGUGUGGCCAGAGAGGACAAGAGGGCCUGGAACAUUCAUCCCAGACUGUGCCCAGGCCAAGGGAGCCCACGUGAGGUGAAGGACAGAGUCGCCCCUAUUCUUGUGCCUCUGUAGUCCUGGGUCUGGUGCCGGCGAGGCCUGCCGGCCUGGGGGCUUGGCCCUUGGGAAGCGGCUCUUCCCUCUCCUGGUCUCUUCCCAACCCGGACUGUCCAUUCAAGGCCAAGUUCCUGCUGUAUUUUCCCCCUUUCCCUCAGGGGAGAAGCCCCCACUGCCAUGAAACGGCAUCAAAAGUU